AUGCCUAAAGCUUACGGGAAUAGCCACAAACGGCAAACAAGACCGGACACUGGGCCGAGACGAGUGCGGGGACCAUAUGCUCUGGGAGGAUGCCUUACCUGUCGACGGCGCCAUGUCAAAUGCGAUCAGGUCAAACCGGUCUGCCUCACAUGUCAGGCUUGCGGAGAAACAUGUGACGGAUUCUCAGACGACUUGUGCUGGGUCGGAGCAUCAUCGUCUAGCAAGCGUGAAUCGCCUGCCGACCCCAGUCAAGGCUCAAGGCGGCAUCUCUACACUGAUGAUCUGAUAUUUUGGGCUGACAAUAGAAUUAGUGAUUGGGACGGAUACAUUGUAUGGGACGAUCUUUUCACGCUCGAUAUCGAGAACACCCCUUGGAUGCCGUCAGCCACUGGAUAUACGGAUCGGGGAUUACUCGAAAGUGCUCCCGACUUCCAAACGCCGACUGACCUCGGAUAUUCCAGAACGGCACGCAUCUCCCACACUGAAUCAUACAUGUCAAUGAAUACUCUUCCCUUAAUGCCCUCUUUCAAAGAUGAACUCGGGGCUGUAGAUUGGCAUUCUACUGACAUCACCUUUCUUCUAAGAAAUUUCAACUCUGUAGUCAUGCCGCGGAUGGCCUCAGUUCCUCUGGCGAAGAAGUUUGCGUGGGGGCCGAUGCAUCACGAACUGGCAGUACAGACUCUGGCUGAGGUCACAUUUCUCAAGAAACCAGAGGUAAAUGAAGCCAAGCUCGCGAAUUUGCACUCAUGGCUCAUGCUUGCUAAUGGAAAAGUUCAGUGGGUGACUUCUAAUCAGGCUGAGGCACGGCGAUUCCAGCUCGAGGCCGAACGACUUGUGCGGUUUCGUGGGCUUUCAAAGCGGAACAUUUCACGGAGAAUACGCCUGCUGCAUCAUGCUUAUACAUGGAAUAGAAUCGUCGGCGAGAGUACUUAUGUGCUUCACGAUUAUGGAACUUUUCAGCAUGCCAUCAGCGCUAGUGUUGGGGAGCCGGCAACAUCUGACGGGGCAGAGGCCAAUAUCAUGGCAAACGAGUCUUCCAGCCAUGAUACACAAGAGAACACACGGUUAGACGACUUUCUCCGAAUCGGACACCGUUUUGAAGAAGUUGGUAGCCACCUUGAAGGACAAAAAGAUGCCCAAGCCGGGACCGAAGAUAUCCAUCUAGAAGACCCACGUACUAGUGUUGAGGAUGGCUUUCAUGUCAUUUACGGCAUACCUGAGCAAUGGCUUAGUCUGCUAUCACGCACCACACGGCUAGCAAACUGGUUGGAUGCUACCGAGAUUCCCCAGAGGUUAAGCAACAAUCGGCUUGUGGAGAUAUUGGAACGCCGGGCUCAAAGUCUCGAAGACGCUAUCUGCUCUUUUGUUGAGAGUCGAAAUCUAUCUGCAAGCAUCGACGCCAAUGACCCGCCAAACGUGUGCAUGUUCAGAUGCCUUACAGCGGCUCUGCUCAUCUUUUUCUACCGGCGCAUCCGCAACGUUCAUCCUCUCGUGCUUCAAGUCUAUGUCGACCAGAUAAUCCGGGGAUUGGAAAUAUUUGACGAUUCGCUAGCACGGCAUGGGCAGGCUGGACCUGGCUCUGCAUGGGCAGCCUUCAUCGCUGGAUGCGAGGCAAUGGGAGAGUCGAGACGGGAGAAGUUACGGCAGUGGAUGGAUCGAGCCUUCGACAGUUAUGCUGCUAUUCUGAUCCAAUAUGUCAAAGGACUGAGGGAUCUUGCGCUGCACGGUACACUAAAACAAGCUGGGUUACCCCCUCUUACUCCAAAACCACAUCCGCAAUUACGCCAUGCCGCCCGAGGAUUCUUCUGCAACCAAGCCAAAGCCAAAGCGAUCGAGAGCAGACUGAUGGUUCUACCAGGCUGUUACACGUGUAAAAUACGCAAAGUGCGGUGCGGAUCUCCCCGUGAUGGUGGCCACGCGACGUUGUCAGCGUGUGCAAAUUGUGAGAGACUUGGGUUGCCAUGUCAAUGGAACAAGCCCGCCGAAGGAGAGAAUUAUACCCCGCCGCCGAAACGUCGAAGAACCGUCGGAAACCGCCGCAGAGGCCAAGAUGGCGACGCGUCGCCAUCGCCUCUCCCACAACAGAUCCUCCAGGAAGGUUCCAACGAGCCUGCUGAAUCAAUUCAAUCAGCCGAUGCAGCUGAGUUCGAACCACAGGCUUUCACGGAUCUUACAGAUCUCCAAUUAGAUCUGCCUGAGGAGUUUGACUUCGAUGCCGGCCUAGGCGUAGAGCCGAAUUUAUUUUGGUCUGGGGAAGGGGUAGACUUUAUCCCUCUCCCUCUCAUAGAAUCAACUCCUAUGUUGUUCCAAACAACUGCGGAUAACUAUUUACAAGUGGAGAUGCCCCCAGUGGCUCAACUUCCUUGUUUUAGCCCGGACACCGACCAGGAUCCACUUGGUCAAGACACUGACAUAUCCGCGUUUUCGAUUACAGGCAACGUCGAUACUCGGCGAUUGAUACAGCAUUAUCUUGAAGUCAUGAAUGGCUAUUCAAAGGUAACUGAUCAUGGCACUAACAAUAACAAUCUCUUCAUUGCAGCAUUCUCGAAGUCGCUGUUCUUUAUGCCGCUCUACUACGCAAUCUUAUCAUUCUCUGCAUCUCAUCUGUCAUUACAGGAUCCAUCACUUGCUGGUACAGCCUGUCGUCUCGAGAAUCUCGCUGAGGAGCAUUUCAAUCGUGCCUUCCAAGAUUAUACAGCAAAAGUAGAAGGUCUCCUAUCUGCGCUCUUUGUUCGCGUCAAGAGAGUGCACGUUAUGGGAGAGAGCGUCAGUUCCUUCUUGAGACUCAUAUCCAUCGCCACCGAGAUCAUCUUUAGCAAACAAGGACGAGAAGCGUUGGAGACACCCUCGGAAUUAUCGGGACGGAUUGUUCUCCGCCUUGCUACUCUUGAUGCUAGGGCUUCGUGUUAUAGAUUAGGCGGCGGGCUUCUGGUCAGACGAUUACGCGAGAUUCCUUCGCUCUCCUUCAUUUUUAAGUUUGAGGAUAAUGAAUCAUCGUCAACGAGUGCAUUUGUUCAUCUGUUGCGUGCUGACAUUCUUCGCAUGCGAGUUGGGCAGCUCGACCUGAGGGUUCACGAACAUAAGGGCUCAGUCGAACUUGACGAGGUAGAAAUGCUACAAGCAGAUAUAAAGACUCUCAUUCAUCGGUGGGAGCAGCACCUAUCAAAGUAUACCAAAGAAGGGGCCACAGUCUCGGCUUUGCCUGCGGGUGUGUACGGCUGUUAUACCGUGUUGGGUGCUCUCCACUCAGCUUUACUGUACCUUCACAGUGUUUAUGUAAGUAAUGGCUUUUUACCCCGAUACAUAAUGGAAGCUGAUUUCUCAUAG